UAUCUCAACUCACUAUCCGAACUUUAUCCAAACCUCACUUGAGUGUACAAUUAUAGAAAAUUCAUGCAGCCUGGCACAUGUCAUACACAACUUGAUCUGACCUUUAUCUCUCUGUAUACCUUUUAUUUGGUCGGUUAUUUACAAUUCACAGGCCAAGGUGAUGUCUUUGUUAGUACAUGGGGGAUAGAAGUAGAUUGCCCGAUAGGUGAAAAGGUAAAAUUAGAUAAUAAGUAAAUAGAUGGGUGUAAAACUAAAACCAACAAAAUGUGCGCUCACCCCAGCAUAAUUGAAGGAUCUACAAUAGGACAAUUACAGUACCCAAGACUGCAAACUGAAUAGCAUAAGCCAAGUCAUUCCUGAAUCUAAGCCACACAACCAGACUUUGCGCACUUGGAACGUGCCACCCAAUUUCAUAGAAAGAGUCAAAUCUGGCAUGAUCGAAGCAUCAUAAUUAUUCAAUAAGCAUAGACACCAAGCUUUAUAGGAGUCGAUACUCUCCCACUGAAAAAAUUUGCCGGAAAACUGCUAUUAAGUGUGUGUCGGUAAGAGAGAAAGGUCUUUUUGUCGCCCUGCAGUAAAGCUGACUUUUUCUCACACUUUCUACAAUUUUAUUUCUGCCUUUCUUGGCAAUUCUCUUAGUAACAUUGAGGAGAAAGAGAGAGUAAGGCCAAGCAUGUUGUGCACAUCUUGGGAAUUGUGGGAUCAGAUUCAUCAUUGAUCAUAUACUGGUUAUCAUCAAAGUCCACUUUGUAACAGAAUGACAAGCAUGGGGCGGCUAUGCUUGAGAGUUGAAAGAGGGUGGUGAUGAGCCUGUACAAGGGAAGAGGCAAAAUCAGAUAUAGAAGAGGAGAGGUAUAUCUCAUGCAACAAGGCCAUGGAUGAGGUACCUGGCUCAGUGGGGACCAGCGCCAGCUUCUCUUUGAGAUUGGGCCAGACCCUCUUUGCCUCUGCCUCUCUUCUUUUCAUGUCUUUGGGUGUUGAUUUCUACAGCUACACUGCUUUCUGCUACCUGGUGACAAUAAUGAGUUUGGUUAUACCUUGGAGUUUGACUCUGGCCCUGGUGGAUGGCUACUCUGUUCUGGUUAAAUGCCCCGUUCGGCAGCCAGGAAUACUGCUGAUCAUUGUCUUCGGAGAUUGGGUGUUAUCCAUUCUCACACUGGCUGCAGCUUGCUCAACAGUUAGUGUUGUGGACCUUCUGCUCCACUUUAAUGGGUCAUAUUGCCCUCCCAAGUUCUGCAGCAGAUAUCAGAUAUCAGCUGCCAUGGCUUUCUUGUCAUGGUUUAUGUCUUUGGCUUCAGCUCUAUUCAAUCUAUGGUUACUCCCCUCCUUGUGAUUUUGUGGCCAGAAUCUCUAUCCUUUUGAUUAUUUUAACACAAACUCGUGUACAUAAAUAGCCUUGAAUCUUAACAGAUGAAGGUUUUUCAAUUAAAGAAUUGUAAAUGGUUGCUGAGCAUUUCUAUAA